CGGAGGCGCUUCAGUCCCUCUCAGAUAUGGCAGAGCUGCUGGAGGAGGGCGCCGGCCGUCCCGACCUGGCCGACCAGCUGCGCAACGAUAUCGCCGCCGACACCGGGCUCGGCGAACAGCCCGAGGACGACGGCGAGAACGAACGCGAAGUCAUGGAGUUCGAGGAUGGUGUGAGCCAGGCGAACAUCAGCAAGUCAUCCAGAGACCCGGAGGCCGACAUCGACCGGGAUCUCAGCUGCACCACCCACAUCAUGUUCCUGGCCGACAGUCAGCUCGGCAACUUCAUGGUCAAAUACGCGGUGCUCUACGGAUUCCAGCGGAAAUACAGCGCCAAAGUCUACCUUUUCCCAAAGCAAUACCGAUUCGCAAAUAAAAUAUUCAAGAAGCUCUCCAUCGAUGUCGUACCAGAUGAGCUAAAGACGGCCGACUGGAGGCCGGUCAGCUACGAGGACAUCAUGUACAUGCUGCCCUGCAACAAAUACGUCACAGAAGAGGAGUUCUUCAUCGUGACUGACUGGCCGGCGGACAACGGUCUUCAGCUCUAUUCCCAAUACGUGGACGAACUCCGAAAAGACUUCGAGUUCACACCUGCAUUUAGAACUAGGGCUCGGAGGUACACCGAACGCUUCCGUGCCUCGCCCAACACCACGCUGGUUGGCAUCCACGUCAGGCGGGGAGAUCAUAUUCUGCACACAUGGCUGCGUCACCAGCGGAAGGUCCCCGACCUGGACUACUUCAACAAGUCCAUGCAGUAUUACGCCGCCAUGUUUCCCGACGUCCGCUUCGUGGCCUGUUCAGAUGACAGGCGGUUUCUGCUGAACAAGCUGGUGCCUAACGCGCCCUUCCCCAUCUAUACAAUUGACAGUGUGAACCAGGUGCACGACAUGGCGCUGCUGGCCGCCUGCGACCACACCGUCAUCACCGUGGGCACUUUCGGCCUGUUCUCGGGAAUGCUCACAGGGGGCAGCAUCGUCGCCGCGUCGCGCCACACCGGCACUCGGGGCGACCCGUUCGACAUUCAGGUCAACCCGCCCGGCGACAUUGGCCAGGCGUUCCUGUGGAAUUAGCGACUGUGCAGUGAGACAUGGGUGGUACUGGUGUCUCACCGGUGAUAGCAGUACGUUGCUAUUCCGUUUCGCGAGCUGACGUCACACUUGUGGGGCAAUAGGCUUGUUGACGUCAUGGAGUAAUCCAAUUUGACAUAUGCAAUAGCAGCGUGCUGCAUCGGUGAAACACCACCGUGGACAGGAGUGUGCCUGGAAGCGUGUGGAACAUGUGAUCUUUAUGAUGGAGUCCAUAGUUUUCGAUCUAGUUUGGGUAUGAGCGUGGACGGCGAAAAUAGGAGCCUGAGGGACAUACGAGCCUGCCGACUCGUAGGCGACCAUCUUAAAUCACGUCAUAAACUACUCCGUGUCACGGAAUAAUAUUCGUAGAUUGAUAAUACUCAUAGACUUGUCUAUGAUCACGUGAUCAAAGAUGAAGCUUUCCUUCUUCCGUAUCAUUUGCCUGUGCGAUAGAGCUCAGGUCACGUGCUCAACGAGGCAGCUUUUAAGAUGUCUAAAAACCUCCCGCGGGCACCUGUAUUCACCGUUCACCGGUAUCAGGAGGUAUUAGUCGGGGCUGGCAGCGCCACCUGUCGAUAAGUAUUUAAAGUAUUUUUGGCUGUCUGACUGAGCUGACAUGACCGUUGACACCAAUGACGGGCUUUUCAUUGGCUACACUUUUUUUAGGCUUUGAGCAUGAAUUGGCUUCCGAAGAUGACAUUAGCGUCAUGACCUCUGACGUCACUGAUAUGCGGUCUGCUGGGCCACUGUAAACCCGAG